AAGUCGAGUUGAUGAAUGGCGUGGCACAAUAUCAUACUGCGUGGAAUUCAUUUUAUCGUAACAGUAAUACGCUAUGCAGCGAGGAAACCCAAAAACGUAUUGUCUCAGUUUGUGGUUUAACGACAAUCGCAGUUUACUAUCAUUUAUUUAGUUGUAAUGCGACAGCGGUUGUUUCCAUUUCCCGGCUGUUGUAAUUGUAAUAUUAUUGUCGAUAAUAUCAAAUCAUCAUAAUUAUUAAUACGUUCGCGUGAUAAUCGUCUGCUGCAGUAAACAACGUCUGGAUCUGCCUUUCUGCGUUAACCGUCGAAGACCAUCCCUAAAGUCAUUGACUGCACUUAGUUUCUACCCCGAGCAGUGUUAUAAGUCUGGAGGAGGCGAGACCAUACUAUAAUGGGGAAAUUUCCCUUGGCCCACGCAGUUACCGACAUACGAUGCGAGAACGACUCGGAAGCAAAAGUUACGUAUGGCAGAAAGGCUACCAUUGCUCAGCUACUUGCUACGAUGGUUCAGAGUUUAUUACUGGUAAACGUUGGAAUGGAGUUGGCAAUGGCUACAGUCGUGAUCGGUUCACUUUACAAAAAUCCAAAUGCCGAAUUUUUAAUAACUGAUUCCGAGUCGUCUUGGUACGGAAGUAUACUCUAUUUGUGUCAGCCGAUCGGGAGUUGCCUGUCCGGGUACGCGCAGAAACACUUCGGAAAGAAGUCUUGCGUGGUUCUGGCUUGCGUCCCCAGCAUAUUCGGCUGGAUACUGUUGUUUUACGCCAACUCGGUUACCAUGUUGUACUGGUCGACCAUAACGAUGGGAAUGGGCUUGGGCUUCAACGACGGCCCGGCGUACUCGUACAUCGGAGAGAUUUGCGAACCCAGACUCCGGGGAAUCAUGGCAUGCGUGGUAAACAUGGCGUGCCUGAUAGGCGUCCUGUCCAGCUACGGGCUGAGUUACGUUUUCCACUGGAAGACUGUGGCCGCGAUGAACGCCCUGUGUCCGGUCAUGUGUCUGACGUUCGUGGCAUUUAUACCGGAAAGCCCGAUUUGGUUGCUGUCCAAAGGCAGAAACGAAAAGGCCAUGGACGCCAUUUGUUGGCUGAGAGGAUGGGUAGAUCCUUGCGUGGUCGCCACCGAGUACCAAGAAUUGAUGUUUUAUUACAAGACGUCCGUCGACCAAUCAAAAGCGAUAAAAGCUUCGAAAGGACUGUUUUCGUCGUUUUCGUGGAUCAAGAGCGCUUCGGUGUACCGACCACUGCGAUUGGUCACUGUUUACUAUGUAUUCACGUUGAUUUCGUGUCUGACACCCUGCCGUCCUUAUAUCGUCAAAUUAAUGUACGAAUCGGGAGUGAAAGAUACCCACAGUAUAUCCUUAGUGCUUUUCGGAUUUAUGCAAUUGGCCGGAAGCGUGGGACUUACUUUAACGGUGCGGAAAUUGGGCAAACGAAUGUUGACUUUAUCGACGUUGUGCAUAAACACGCUGGCAAUAUUCAUGUUCGCUGUAUACUUCUUGUGUAUCAAUUCUAAAUUGAUUGAAACCGGAGCCUACGUGCCAAUGGUGCUCUACUCGAUCAUCAUGUUCUCUGGAGCUAUGGGCAUGUUGACAGUGCCUUGGACGUUGGUCAGCGAGAUAUAUCCUAACGAAGCCAAAGGAUUCGCAUCGAGUCUGACCACUGCAAUUUUUUACAUCCUAACGUUUUCCGCGACCAAAGUGUAUUUAAGCGUUGAAAACACUUUGGGCCUAACCAAUACCUUCUUCAUGAUGGCAGCUUCAAGUUUUGUUGGGUUCGUAUACCUCUACAGAAAUAUGCCGGAGACCGAGAACAAAACUUUUAUGGAAAUCGAGGAAUUUUUUGUACCCAAAAAGGAGCAAACUUCAGCCGAGCUGAUACCCGGAUCCCGGGCCGUUUGUUGAUAUAUUAAUUUUACAUUAACGGUUCGGUAUUAAAAAGUUACCUUGGACGAUGUAUAUACAAAUUUGAGUCAUUAAAUUCUGAUUGUGCUAUUAUCCUGCGUGACGGUUACAAAUUUACAAUGGUAUUAUUUAUGGGAUUUGUAUUGUUAUAUUAUUGAAACAUCAAAUUCUAUAAAUACGUGUUUUAUGUACCCAAUAAUAUGCAACGAGUAAGAACUGUUCUGAUAUGUAAAAUAAUUCAAAUUUCUAGAUUUGAGUUUGAACACAACUUUUAUUACAUUUUAGCACUCGUUUAUAUUAAAUAUUUACUAUACGUUAUAUAAUAUUCCAUGUUAGAACUUGUGAUUAUUAUUAUUUUUGAAAGCAACUACUUAAACAAACUUUUUUUUUUGUUAUUGGUUUUAUGUUUAUGUUUCACUUUUUAUUUAGAGAAUUUUGUACAAAAUUAUUUUAAAAAUGCAAUCAUCUUCUUUAAUAUAUAAACCAUGAUUUAUAUUAUAUAAUAAACUAUUAUCAACUUUUUUGAACUUUUUUGGUCACGAAAUAUACUAAAAUCGGCCAAUUUAGGGCCAACUUGUUAUCUAAUAUAGAUAUAAAUUAACUUAUUAAUUUAUUGGGAACGUAGUUUUAAUUGUGGCGACAUAAAAACAUUUUAAUGGAUCAUAUUAUAUUAGGUACUUAGUAUUAUUAUUAUUAUUUUUUUCGUAGUUAAUUUUAUAUAAAUUAUAAAUAGGUAUGUACAAUAUAAUAUUGUAUUAAUUUAAUUUUGGAUAUUGCUUCUAUCAUUAAUAUUUGUUAUCAAAUGUGUUAAUAUAUGUAUAUAAAUAGUAUAAAAAUAAAAAUACUUUGUGUACAAAAUAA